GUCUUUGCGGAGACGCGAAAGCCAGACCUGGGGGGAGUUUUCUGGGUACAGGCCUUGACGCAGCUGCUGUACUGCAUGGUGUUCUAUGCAGUCGUGAUGACUGGAGUGCUGCUGCAGCGCUCUGACGGCUAUAUCCCGGCUGCCCUUGCUUUGCUCAGUGGCUUCGUGGCAGUGGUAUCUGUCGUGCAGUUCAAGAUGCGCUUUCGGUGGCAGUCUUUGCCAUAUCCAGAGGUAGUGAAGAUGGACAAGGAUCAUCCCCUACCUGCGUCCACGGUCCGCAAAGAGGUGAACGUGUACGUCCAGCCAUCAUUGAACGAUCCGAGCUUGCCUCAUUGA